CAGUGGUAGCCAACGAUUGGACGAAGGAACGCCCCCAACCGGAAAUAUCUCAGAGUCUGGAACUGGCGCUAGUCCUGCCCCUCCUCCUCACGGAAGUAGCCGCUAACCCACGGACUUUAAGCGGAACCAAGGACUCUGGGCCUUGCUGCCCCUUCCCACGUGACGUCUCUCGCCCCGGCACGGUCUCUCCGCCCCCAAGUUCGUGCCCCUCCCCGCCGACUUCCUCCGAGACACUAGACUGGAAAGCGGACAGGAGGCGCAGGGACAGUGGUCACGCGUUCUGUCAGUUAAGAGUUGCGCUCUCUCUCGCGAGGAGAGAGGCAGAGGGUGGGUCCUGGUAACUCAAGACGCCGAGGCGGGAAAGGCUCGAAAGUGAGUCCGUGGGAAACUUUGUGCAGGGCACGCCAGCGGAGCUCGGGGUUUGCUUUUCCUUUCACUGUUUGGGAGGAAGGCGCGAUGGAAGCCCCUUUACCCCCACGAGAGUCUGCGAAAUUCGUGGCCGACCGCAGCCAGGAUGUGAUUGUUGAAAAAGCCGGAGUCUAUCGCGUGGCCGAGAUGCUGCUGGAGAAGGUUCCCGACCGAGAGUUCGGCGUGGGGGGCUGGAAGUCCUUACACGAGCUAAACCCUCAGGAGGCCGACGAAGACGCGGUCAACUGGGUGUUUGUGGCCGAUACCCUCAAUUUCUCCUUUUGGUCGGAAGAGGAAGAUCGCAAGUGCAUGGUGCAGUACAAGGGUAAAAUGCACAGCGGCUACUGGGCCCUUUGCGCGGCAAUCAACCGAGCGCUGGAUCAAGGAAUACCCCUCACUAGGCCUUCAUACUAUGCCACAGUUACCCUUGAUCAACUUCAACAUAUUUUGCACUCAGAUACAGAUGUGCCUAUGCCUUUGAUAGAAGAAAGGCAUCAGAUUCUCAAUGAAACUGGAAAAAUUUUACUUGAGAAGUUUGGAGGGUCUUUUCUUAACUGUGUUCGCAAGAGUGACAAAAGUGCACAAAAACUCCUGUCCCUGAUAGUUGAAAAUUUCCCUUCCUAUAGAGAUGUGGCUGUAUAUCAGGGUAAAAGGAUUUCAUUUUACAAACGAGCUCAGAUUCUUGUGGCAGAUACUUGGUGUGUAUUAGAAGGAAAAGGAGAUGGCUGCUUCAGUGACAUUUCCAGUAUCACCAUGUUUGCUGACUACAGACUACCUCAGGUUCUUGCUUACUUGGGAGCAAUAAGAUACUCUGAUGAACUACUGAAGAAACUUCUUAAAGGAGAAAUGUUUCCAUCUGGGGAUAAACAAGAAGUAGAAAUCAGAGGCUGUUCUGUUUGGUGUGUUGAGCUGAUUCGAGAUCAACUUUUAAAACUUGUUGAAAAAAGGGGCGUCAAAAUUGGUGUAGAUAUAAAUUCAAUUCUUCUUGAUUUUUACUUGUGGGACUAUGCCCGGGAUCACAGGGAAGAUAUGAAAGGAAUUCCAUUUCACCGGACCCGAUGCAUAUAUUAUUGAUUAUACUAAGUUCUAGUCAAAUCAGGCUCCAGAAUUUUGUAACAUAAUCAGUUGUGCACCUUAUCUUUUAUUAUGUUAACCAGAAAAAGGGUAGUAGCACAUACUAUGAGGAAGAAAAAGGAUUUAUGUCACUCUUCCUCAUCAACCUUUCUUAUCUACUAGUGUUCAUUCCAAAUUUCAUUUCAUUUGUCUUCUUAGUGCUCUAAUUUUGGCAUUCCAAUUUUUCUUUUUGCAAAAUUUCUUUUUAAAAGUUAAUCAUGGGGCAGUUAGGUGGUGCAAUGGAUAGAGCACCAGCCCUGAAGUCAGGAGGACCUGAGUUCAAACCUGGACUCAGACAACUAACACUUCCUAGUUUUGUUACUUGAUCCCAAUUGCCUCUACAAAAACAAACAAAACAAAUAAAUUAAUCCUGCUUUUUUUUAAUGAGAUCAAUUUUCAGGGUGAUUUUUCUGCCAUUCAUUAGGUAUUUCUUAGUUUCUAUCCAUUUUCCAUUUAUUGCACUCAUCUUUAAAAUUCUUAUAUGUGUAUAUGUGAUCAUGGAUUAUAUCAUAAUACCAAAGAAACUGAGGCAAGCAAAGAUUGUUUUUUGAUCUUUAAUGUGGAAUUUAAGCUAGCUAACCAGAUGGGACUCUUGUCCAAAGUAGUGAAUGCAAGAUAAACUGACGGAGGGAACUUAUAUAGAGUUUUAAUUAAAUAGGGUUUGCAAAUAAAAUAUCUGAGUACACAAUCUUAUAGGGGAAACAAAGGCAGAUAAGAGGAGUGAGGACACUGGGAGGACAAGCCAUAAUUCCAGGAAAGGAUCAUAAUUUAAUCCUGACAGGAUAGGGGUCAAGAUAAGGUCAAGGGCAAGAGCAUCAAGGCAUGGGGCAAUACUCAAAAGGAGGGGGAAUGAUCAUUUUAGCAAAGAUUGAGAUAUUGCACCUGGAAUUGAUGACACAGUGGUAUGUAAAGGUGACCAAGCUUCGAGGUUUUUCCUGAGCUCUUUUUUAAACUCAAUUUCCAGUCCUAAUGGCAAGGAAGUGGAAGGGGGUGGCUCAACAGUAUAAGUGGAAAAAGAGCAAAUGUAUGUACACAUGAAAGUGUAUUUUAGUGACACUGUUACACAAUAAUUGUUGAAAAAACCAAGGAAUUAAGUUGAGUUAAAACUAAUUCCAUGGGGCAGUUAGGUGAGGAAGUGAAUAGAGCACUAGGCCUGAAAUCAGGAGGACCCGAGUUCAAAUGUGGUCUCAGAUACUUAACACUGCCUAGCUGUGUUACCCUGUCCAAGUCACUUAAUCUCAAUUGCUUCAGCAAAAAAAGAAAAAUGUUAAUUAUGUUUGGUGUAUAUAUAAUCGACUCUAUAAAGAUUAUUUUUGAUGUUUAGUCUAAUUUGCAAAUGUCUGAUUUGAAAUUGAAUAAACUUUUUAAAACGUGUAA